AUGCUGCAAAAAUACUUUACUAAACUAGCCAACAUGAAGUUCGCCAUUGUUUUUCUGUCUAUACUUGCCUUAAGCUUCUCAGCACCUCAGCCGAGGAAACUAUUCCAUGAGCAUGCCGAAGACUUCCUGGACCUUAUAUUCGAAGAGUCUUUCGAUGAGAUCACUCAUAUUAUGGAGCAUUACCUCGAAUUUGAGGAGUUCACAAGAAGUUUGGACUAUAUAAGAACAUCCAACUUCAAAGACCUUGUAUAUGAAAUGGAAUCGUUGCCUGAAUUUAAAGCAAUGAUAGACUUUUUGGAACAAGAUAACAUUGACAUCAUGUUCUUCAUUGAGCGUUUGAACGAAAUGAUUGAGGACAUUCAAGAGCUUAAGAAGGCUCGGCACACACUCAGCGGAAGGGACAUGACCGCGUACAUUAAUGACGUCGUCGCGGUAUUCCCUAAAGAGAAACUGACGGCAUUGUACGAACAGAAAAUUGCCGAAGACGAAGAAUUCAGAGUCGCCAUGGAAAACCUACAGGGCGAGGAAUGGAAACAAAUUUGGGACGCGCUUUGGUCGAGUGAGACUUUCCUUGAAGAAGCCAAGACUCUUUACGAAAAUGGAAUUGAUCUGCAAGUCCUUCUUUACGAACUUAAGGCUAUGUUCGGACAGUUC